AGUCUGGUGGAGGGAGAGUGAGCGGGGCUGCCCCGAAUGGACUGACAUAAGAGGGGAUUUAUAUUUUAACGGGUGUCGUGCUCCGGUAAAACUACACGGUACAAGUUGAAAACCAACUAUUCCGCUCGAUGUAUGUUCAUGUUGGUGCUUUUACCAUGUAUAUGUGUCAUCGUCGAGAGAGGAUUGAACUUGCCAGCAGUCUAUAUUUGCCGAGGAGGGAAACCAAUACAAGGUCUCGCUGUCUCCCUGGAGCGGAGUAUUAUUAGCAGUUCAGGCAGUGCAACUGUCGCUCUCUGGCCAUGCACUGCAAUUACACUAUAAAGAGAUCAGAAUAUAAUAGAUAAGAAUAAAACGCAGAAGAGGAAGGUUUUAAAAAGAAGAAAAAAAAUUGUGUGCUGAACAAAAGAUAAACAUUCAACUGGCUCCCAUGCUGUCUGCCAGAAAUCCUCCUCUCCACACCCUCAGCCAUGCCUGCUACUACCAAACCCACCAGGAGACAGACACCUGCUCAGAGAAAAAAUGGCCAGAAAGUGAUUAGCACCAAGAAGCAAACUUGUAACUCAAAUAAACCCAGAGGAAGAGCCACAGAGAGGCCCCAGAAAACACCUGCAGAAUCCAAAAGGUCAACAGCCAGGGCCAAGGCACAGUCAGGCCGAAGCCCCCGUGGAAGAGGGGUUAGCAGACCUGCUAGUCAGGGCCCUGGCAGGUCCUCUGGCAGAGUUAACCAUGCCCUAAAUGUAACAGGAUCUGCAAGGCUUAGACGGCCAAGCAAUCCGCUUGACCACUGUGGUGAGUUACAAGACCCCCUAGGGCGAAGGAAGUCCCUGCGGGGCACACAGAUGUCUGUUACUCUUUGCCAGCUUCCUAAACCUUGCAGAGGGGGGAGAAACAGCAGGAGGGGCGCAGGGAGACAAGCAGCAUCACAGCAAGGAAACACAAGGAACCAGCACUCAGGCACGAGCAUCAACGAUUUAACUUCUGACGAUGACGGAAAUGAGAAUCUGGAGGCCUGUGCUGCUGAAGAAACACUUCCAGUUUCUCUAAUAACUGAUUUUGAAGUUCCUGCGAGUAUCAUAGAUCACGGUUUAGGAGUCAACAAUGCUAAAGAGUGUAGCCCUCUUAAAGCAGAUUCACCACCGUGUAACGAUAUGCUGGAAGACUGUGUGCAGUGCAGCUGUGACAGUACUAUAACCCAACCCAAAGACAAAAAGCCUGUCAGUCAUAACAGUGAAGGUAACCUGAGGUGUGUGAUUAGGGUUUGUGAUGAUGUUGAUGGACAGCUAAAACUCUGCAGUGACAGAAGUAAAGAUAGCCCCUCUGUGCUAAUGAAUAGUGGCUCACCAGGGGUGCAGAGCAGCAGCGAGGGAAAUGACAGUUCAUCUAUCCUCGUAAAUAAGUUUGAUCGCCUUGCCAGUGAUAGUAAGCAAGAUGAUGUGUGUACUGUAUAUCAAGAGGAAGGUAACAUGUCAGACGUGAAAGAGAAUAGGACAGAUGAAAGAGUGAUACUUGUCAACGAGAGAAAAGAGAAGAUACAUCAUGAGAGAGGAGAGAGUUUAGAGGCAGAGAAAGCCGUUGAGAGACAAAAUGAGACCGUGGAAGUGAUGGAGCAGAUUGUUGAGAGGCUGGGUAAUUGUGAGGGAGAAGAGGGAAGAAAUAAAGAAAAGGAGAAUGAUGUUUCCAUCAAUCCUGCUGACUCCCACCCCAGCACUCCAGCCUCUCAAUGUCCAGAUCCACCUCACUCUAACAAUGGACUGACAGCACAGUCAGAAUCACCUGUAAAUGUGCUAUCAGUCUCCAACGCAGCUACCUCAAAUCCCACCAAAGCCCCCUUCACCUCAGAGGUACUUAAGCCAGAGGUUCUGAGCCAAGGUAAGACAGACAUGCAACCUACCGUUCAUGGUGCUAAACCUCAAUUCACAGGGUCCUCAGCUGUCGCUGAAACUGCCCUGAGGGUGCAGACUGUUCUAGUAAAACGAAAUAUGCCGGUUAUUAUACAUAGUGACUCCUUCAAACCCAGGAGCUUGAGGGAUUCAAGCCAGGGGGAACCACACCAACUGCAAAGCCUAGCGAUCCCCUCUCCUCAGGGAGAGAAACAUGCUUGCACACUAGCAGAGACGAAGACCAAAGAUAGUGAAUUCAAUCGAGAGGCAUUGGCGCGCCACAGCCAGAAAGUGACAUCUUCGCUGUCAUUGUCACUUGUUCCUCAGUUGAGCACAGAUGCCCUUACAGCUGAGUGUGAACCAAACCAUAGCAAGGACAGUGUUGUGGUAGCAGUGUCAGAGCCAGGCACAGUGCCAAAGAUCUCGACUCCUUCUCUGGACGGUAGCUUCACCUUCUCCUGCAGCUCAGAAAGCACACGCUCCUCUUUUUCUUUUGACACUGAAUCAGAGGCAGGGUAUGGAGAAUCCAGCCCCUCUAUUCUACCUGGAUCCUGUGGGACAGAGGAGGCCUGCUUGCCCUCCUGGAAAACACAGAAGAAGGAGAGGAAGAAGCGGAGCAGGUGUGGGACGUGUGAGCCAUGCCUGAGGAAGAUCAACUGUGGCCAGUGCAGUUGCUGCCUCAACCGCAGGACUGGCCACCAGAUCUGUAAGAUGAGGAAGUGCGUAGAACUGAGGAGGAGAAGACCUUCAUCUCUGCUCAUGCUCUCUGCUGCACAGUCUCAGGUGGUUCCAGAAAGUGGUUCAGUAAAUGGCAAAGGCAAGACACAGAUGGAUGACACCCACACGGCAACAGAGGAGGAUGAGGGGGAGGAAGGCCACAUACUUCAUAAACAAGCUCCCCUUAUCACCCACUUGCUCACCCACAACCUGGCCUCGGACCAAGGCGGACGGCUGGCACUUGUUAAAAGAGAGCCAGGGCUGGAGCUGACCAGCAUUGCACUUCACCAACACUUAUGCUCUUCUGUGACUUUUCAGAAUGGUUCUGCUGAGAACCUGACAAAACCCAACGGUGCUAAUAUGACCACUGGGUCACACUCUGAUCGGAAGUCUGCAUAUAAAAGGACUACGAUUGCAUCUGAGCCUCAAAGGACUAUAAUAACUGCAAUCCCUAAAGAUUGCCCUCAGGAUGGACCCAAGACUCCUCCAGACGACAUGUCAGUUCCACUAAAGAAGAUCAAACUCGAGGAGCCGUGGAUGUGGAUCACUGAACAGGCCACCACACAGCUGAGUGAUGAAGAUGAGGUCUGCGAAGACCCACUGUCCACGCUGGCGGCCGUGGUGUGUCUUUCUGUCACAGAGAGGAAGGGACUGGAGGAGAAACUUUUCAGCUCACGUUCUUCCAUUCUUUGCUCCAUCAAAACAGAGCCACCAGAUUUGCACUUUGUCAAAAAAGAGCCAGAGGACUUAAAAAAUGACUUGUGUCAGAAAAGCACUCCUAUUAGCCUGCAAAGGACUCCCCAGCCUAUCAAAAGUGAACCUCCUCCAAGUGUCUUGCAACCAAGCGUGCAGACUUUGGCAGAGAGAAGAAAUCUUAGUUUUGAUCAGGCUAUUGCAAUUGAGGCCUUGACCCAACUGGCAGCUAUACCUCAAAGCACCCCAGGGUCCAUUAAAGUUGAAAGUAAGUGUGAACAUCCCAUUUCUACUGCUGCCCCAUUUUCAACCUCUGAUACAAAUACAAACCUGCAAGAAGCCAAACCCACAGCAGCUAUCCGCUACAACAAAGUCUCGGUCAUUAGCUCACCACUGCACCAGACGUCAGUCAUACACCCUCCUGUGGCCAGACAAGGGAAUGUUACCCAGUGCUCUCAGGGGCUGAGCUCGAACACAAAGCUGUCUCUGCAGUAUCUUUUAGAAGCCAGCUCAGACAGUGAUAAAGCACCCUGCAGGAGGACAGAGCCAGGCUUUGGUUCUCAUGUCAUCAAGUCGGAAUGCACCUAUAAAGAUCCCAGUGACAUGAAUUUCAGUAAAGAUCAUGAACGGUUGUUUGGGGAAGACAGAGACAGGGUUGUUGCUAAAGUGAGGAGAAACAGAGAGGAGGAGGAGGUGGCAGCUCAGCUGGCAGACCUGGCCUUCAUCAUCCAGUCUCGACACAACCAGCAGUCAAGGAACAACCCUCUGAAAGGAACACCUGUGUCAGCCAUCAAAUACAACUACAACUCCCAGCUACCCCCCAGUCAGAAAAAGCCCAUUGUGAAAAAAACAAGAGCUACGCCUAUCAAGCCCAGGAAGAAGAAAAGUGAUGGACCUAAUGAGAGAACCAACUGCAGGACCCCCCUCUCAAAACGCAUGCCAAAUGGAGAGACGGCCCACAGGAGCAGAGGCCAGAAGAAUCAACCGCAGGGGAAAUCCCACAAGAGGAACCUGUUUCUGCCUCAGGCUCAAAUUGACUUGAAGAGAUACUUGGCUGAGGCUCAGGAGGAUAGGAGGCAACUCAUCCAUCACAGUAACGCACACAAUACAGCCCUGUUAAGGCCGCAGACUCAGAACUACAACACUCUCACAAGGAUCAACCAUACUCGUGGUCAAGAAAACCAUCUAUGGUCACUUUCAAAUGGUCCACUCCACCAACACAAUCCAUGCAAUGGUCAUGAUGCAGGACCAGGGCAGGAGUGUGAAAAGCAUUUGUUAUCUCAGGUAGCGCAGCCCUGUGGUGGGCUGCAGCACGAUGCUGAUCCUAACACCAGCCCAGCCAAUACCACUUUCCUCAGCUACAACACUGGUCAUCAUGGUCUGGCUAAUGGCUUCUCAGGGGCUCGGCAGUCCCCACCUCCGAGCCAGCAGGGCUACUACAAGCUGGAAAGGGCAGGACCUGUCACUGUCCUGUCCACAGCUACUGAUGGGGAUCUGGCCCACUCUGCAGAAUCAACUCCAUCCAAGAACAGCAUCAACAGCUUUCUGGAGUCUCCUAUGAGUUUUCUGGAUACCCCUACCAAGAACUUGCUCAAUACACCUUCCAAAAAAAUGGCUGAUCUUCCAUCCUGUCAAUGCGUGGAUCAUUUCAUUGAAAAGGAGGAAGGCCCUUACUAUACUCACCUUGGAGCAGGACCUAGUGUUCCUGCAGUGAGAGAACUGAUGGAGAACAGAUACGGUGCCAAAGGAAAUGCAGUAAGGGUGGAAGUUGUUGUUUACACUGGGAAAGAAGGCAAGAGCUCCCAGGGGUGUCCAAUAGCUAAAUGGGUGAUCCGGCGUGACAGUGAACAGGAGAAGCUGCUGUGUUUGGUCCGCCGGAGGCCAGGGCACUACUGUGACACUGCCGUGUUGGUGAUCCUCAUCCUGGCGUGGGAGGGAAUCCCUCGGCCGGUGGCGGACAAUCUCUACCAGGAUCUUACACAGACCCUCUUUAAAUACGGCUCCCCCACCAGCCGUCGCUGUGCCCUCAAUGAAGAUCGUACAUGUGCAUGCCAGGGUUUGGACCCAGACACCUGUGGAGCUUCAUUUUCCUUUGGCUGCUCCUGGAGUAUGUACUUCAAUGGCUGUAAGUUUGCCCGCAGCAAAGUGCCCCGCAAGUUUCGCCUGCUUGGAGACUACCGGGAGGAGGAGGAGAAGAUAGAGAACAACCUUCACAGUCUCGCCACUGACCUCGCACCACUCUACAAAAGAUUGGCUCCUGAGGCCUUCCAAAACCAGGUGGAAAAUGAGGCGGCAGGGAGUGACUGUCGGCUGGGUGGGAGGGAGGGACGUCCUUUUUCUGGGGUAACAGCCUGUGUGGAUUUCUGUGCCCACGCUCACAAGGACACUCACAACAUGAAUAAUGGCAGCACUGUGGUGUGCACUUUAACCAAGGAAGAUAACCGUGCAGUGCGUAACAUACCAGAAGAUGAGCAGCUCCAUGUUCUGCCACUUUACAAGAUCUCUGAUAGGGAUGAGUUUGGUCAGGUUGAGGGCCAGUGGGCCAAGAUCCGAAGUGGUGCUUUGCAAGUUCUGUCUGCUUUUCCUCGAGAGGUGCGUCUACUGGCUGAGCCAGUGAAAUCAGCCCGUAAGAUUAGGCAAGAAGCUCGUCUGAGGGCUCAAGCAGAGAAAAUGGAGAAGAAGCUCGGCCUGACUCCUCUCACUCCUGGGAAAGUAAAAAGCGAAACCCCCAACAAAGAGCCACAGGGCUUCUACAGCUCAUAUAGUCUACCACCCAGACCUGCCAGCGUUGGAAGGUACCCACCAGAGAGGAUUCAACCCAGCACUUACAACCAGAGCACCAGCAGCUACCCCACUCUGAGUGCAGGGCUCACCCCACAGAAGGAGGUCAUCUCCCCCAACUACCAUGGCCUGCCUGGCCUGCAGUUUGGACAGAAUGGCUCAGCUCUUAAUUAUAAGACAGUAAGUGAGACUGUGAAUGGUUAUUCUCCAGCGUCUGGUGAUCAGAGUGUUCGUAUAACUCCACAUAAUGCCCUUAUUGACUACUCCCAUACUUUUAAAACUGAGCCCAACACGGUGCACUGCUCUCCUCUGCACAGACUCUCCCCCAGUGGGAGUGCUCCUCCUCCCUCCUCCUUCUCCCCCAGACCUACCUCUGAGGGCCUCUUCAGCAGGCUCAAUGGACUCCACAGGGCUGCAGGAGAUGUCGCAGCAGAGGUCAGAGGUCAUGGUCUCCCUCCGCUCUCAUCUCUCCCCCUUCCCCCACAAGCUCCCCCGCUUGAACCUGAGGAAGUUAAGCAGGAAGAGGUGUGGUCAGACAGCGAACACAACUUCCUGGACCGUGAUAUAGGCGGAGUCGCCGUGGCACCGUCACACGGCUCCAUCCUGAUAGAGUGUGCACGGCGGGAGCUUCAUGCCACCACCCCUAUCCUCAGGCCAAACCGCAGCCACCCGACCCGCAUCUCCCUGGUCUUCUACCAGCACAAAUCUCUAAAUGAACCAGGCCACGGGAUGGCUAUGUGGGAUGCCAAAAUGGCCAAGCGGGAACGGGAACGGGAGGAGGAGGAGGCAGAAAGGUUAAGGAUGGAGGACUGCCCGAGCAAAUGUGUUGGGAAGAAUGGCACCAGAGCUGGAGGUGUGGAACUAGAGGAGGAAACUGGGGAGGAGGCAGAGGAGACCAGGAGGAUGAUGAAUGUCCCCACACGGCUAGCGUGGACUCUCCCGAGGGAUGGUGUCGUCACCGUGUCCCCUUAUGCUCUUACCCAAGUGACGGGCCCUUACAAUCGCUGGACUUAGUCAACAUGUUUUACACAAACACACACACACACACACACACACACACAGAAAACUCCUACUCCCUGUACUUCUGCCUUACCUCAAUCAACUUCAAACUGCGACUCUCAUUUUUACGUCGUUGUCAUUGUGCUUUUCUAGUAUCUGUUUGUUGACUUUGCCCUUCUUCGUCUCUGCCUUCAAAGUGAUGAGGAAGACCAAAGUUUGUUGGCUUCUUAACUGUGAGUUUCUGUGUUUUUAUUGUAAAGAGAUGGUGCUUUGAAGCAUUUUAAAGAUUUUUAAACUGGUUUUAUAUACAUGAUUAAGAACAAAAAAGCAUUGAUUAUUUAUUCUGAUCAUAACGAUUUCUAUUUAAUUCCUGGUGUAAGCCUGUUUACUGCAAGAUUUCUACGAUAACCUGCAUUAUGUGUUGACACUCAGAAUUGAUGUUGUACAGUAGGACUAUGCUCUUUAUUUCAGCCCAUAGUUCGCUUUUUAUAAGAUGAAUCUCAUUGGCUUUUACGUUGGUGCCAUUCUCACCGUAACCUCUGUUAAACUCAUUACAUCACAUAAUGUAUAAAAUAAGACUAAUAUUGUGCAUAUAUUUACUAUAGAUUGUCACUUGUAGCAUUGUGCUUUUCCUUCUGCUGCCUCUGACUUCUGUUGGCAGUCAAUGAAAGAAAUGUACUUCUUCGGUUUGUUGUUUUGUUAAUUUUUUUAAUUUUUGUCUGGAUGGUUUGUCUUUUAUUCACAGAUAUGUAUGGCAUAUUAAGAAGCACUUUUUUAUUUCCCUAAACCUAACUUGAAAAAGGUCCCAAUCCAUAGGCCUGAAUAUGUAUGUACAGAUAGAGAUAUAUAUAUAUGACAGUCUAGCAUGAACACGGUUUUAUUUUUACAGUAUUUCUGCAUUUAUUUGAUUUUCAUCCAUUUGAUUGAAAAUGGCAUACAUAUCUCAUGCAAUUCAAAACUUAGCACAAUGAGGAAUCAUGAAAUGCUGCAACAAUGAAGUGCUUAGCAUUGAUGGCUCUUAACUUAUGUUCAUCUUCUGAAAAAUAGGAAUUUAAAAAAUCUUUCACAGGGCACAAGUGUGACUAUAGGAUUUCAAAAACGUACUGUACAUUUUGAUGGUGCUAAUAAGACGAAGAAGUGUCAGAUAUGUCAACAGAAUAUUACUAGUUUUAAUGUCCAUUCUCAGAAUUUGAAAACAAAAUUGUGUCAGCCGAUCCUGAAUAAUCAAACUAUUUCUUCUUUUUCCUUCUCUGUGCUUUUGUUGGUCAACCACUCAAACAUCAGAUCCCACUCAGACAAUCCCCACUCAAAGGUGCUCGACCCUUGUGAAGAGCGUUUACAGUUUUUUUUAUACAGGGUCUAGGGUUGGUGUCAACUCUUGCUAAAUCAUGAUCUUUAUUUUGUAUUACACAUGAAUGAGAAGCUCCUCAUUUUAAGAACUCAUCAAUGACAUUUCAGCACAACCGAUAAAAGACCUUUCACUGAUAUUCACACUAACACUGGUGGUAUAAUGUUUCCUUUUGGUGCUAAUAGCAAAAGAUGUCAAGAUACAUGCAUUGAUUUGAUCUGGUUAUAUACUGUACAGUGAUGGCAUGGUGCUUUUAUAAAACUCAGCACACACUGAUCUGGUAUAUGAAUCAAUACCUUAGUAGUUGUAGAAUUUUUCUGGAUGAUUACUGGCUGACAGACUGAGAUGCGUUGGUAUGUCCAUCAUUGAUCAUGAUGUUUUUCAAGUAAAAAGCAACUUAUUGUGCAGAUGUCCAUUUAGAGUUCAAAUGUCUUCCACGGAUAACCAAACUGCAAAAAUCGCGUCAUACACACAAAAUAAAAUGAAUGUAAACUGUUUUUAAAUCACUUGAUUUAACAUGUUUUAACACAACAUAACAAAGUUACAGUUGUAAAGUUUCUUUUGAUUUACUGUGGGGCACGUUCUCAGUCCACCAUGAAAGUCUUUGUAUCAACGAGGAACUAACAACUAGCACCAGCAUUGAAAAAUCUGAAAAAAAACUUUUAUUAGUAGAAAAUGUGUAAAUAUGAAUGUGAACCAUUUUGUUUUUACUGUACUGUUAAUGGUGUUUAGACAAAGAUGAUCUUGUUUAUUUUGAAACUGAAUUACUGUACGUUGCUCAAAAUAUAUCCAGUUUAGACUUGAGAAGAGACUAAAUUUAGCUUUCCUUAUAUGGAAGUCUGAUCUCUUUUUUGGAUUGUGAAAUAAAGUCAUAUUUAUAUUUUGGACCUGA